UUAAUUGUGUUAAAAUUAAGUUUGUUAUUUGUUAACAUGUCGUCUGCUUUGACAAUGGAAAAACCAGAAAGAAAGAUUGUAGAGAAGAAUAGAAGGAACCAAAUGAAGUUACUGUACUCUCGUCUCUUCUCUCUUAUCCCUCCACAUGUUAUAUCUAAGGAAGGUGACCAUGUGGCGGAUCGAGUGGAUAGAACCAUAGACUACAUUCAAACCCUGAAAACCAGCUUGGAGAUGAACCAAAACAAGAAGGAUAAGUUGUUGAGUAAGAAGAGAUCACACGAACACAUGGAAAUGAUCAACAAUUUGUGCAUAUCGCUCGAUAUUCAAAUCCAUGAAAUGACUCAUGAUCAUGAUGCUGUUUUGGUAACUGGAUUGAAAACACAUUCGAGUUUUUGUAAUGUUGUUCAGUUUCUUGAUCAGUAUAGCACAGAAGUAACACUUGCAAGUUUCUCAAGCAGCGGUCAUUCGACCUUUCACAUCCGUCAAAAAAAGAUUGGAGCAGAUGAUAUUUGUGAGAGGCUCAAGAAGUUAGUUGAAAACAAGGAGUUUGGGGACAACAAUACGAAUGCAUUGUUUUGCAAUGAAUUAGCUGACUUAGAUUUAAGUGUGUGGGACUUUGAUAUCCAGUAUUAG